GCCUCAGAGAGGCCUGAAGACGUCACACCAUUCAUCUUGCAAAACCUCCUCAUCCUCACGUCCACACCAUUCCUUGCAGCAAGCGUCUACAUGAGUUUUGGAAGAAUAAUCAGGGCCCUCAAUGCUCAACGCCACUCCAUCCUGAAUAUCCGCUGGAUGACAAAGAUCUAUGUUCUCGUUGACUUCGCCUGCAUUGUCAGUCAAUUUGUCGGCGCCAUUAUCCCAGCUUCCGGAGAUCCAACUGCUCAAAAGCAAUCCAGAAUUAUAUUACUAGCUGGUUUGAUCACUCAGCUGGUUGCUCUGAUACUUUUCUUAUUUACAUGCUGGCACGCGUAUGUUCGUCUCAGACAGAACCCUCCAGAAAUACUCCUGAAAGGUGCUAUCUUGAAAUGGCGAAAUUCUUUCAUCGCUAUUGAAAUAGUUACUAGCUUAAUGAUAGUGCGAGGUUUGGUCCGGACGAUUGAGUAUCUUCAAGGCGAAGGAGGUUACAUCAUCACGCACGAAGCAUUUCUCUAUACAUUUGAUGCUGCGCCAAUGGCCAUUGUAAUUGGGAUAUUUCUUGUGGUUUACCCAGGAAAGCUUGUUCGAGAUGCCCGCAGUCUUAAGGAAGGGCAGGAAGGCAAUUUCUUGCUUAGAAGUGCUGAGCGAUAAGGCCGAGCAACAUUUGGAAAUCUGAAUACGGAGGUGAGGAAAGUAAAAACGAAGUAUAGGUCGCUAUUAGAUGUCAGUCCCUGGAGUUGUGUGACGUUGUAUUCUUGGCAGCUGGAUAUUGGUGUUCAUGUUCGGAAGCUCUCUUUUCUGUAGAUUUGAUAGAGUAUUUCAGGCAAUUCCAGACUACCCCUCCCUUGAUUGUCGG